GCUCAUUUGAAACCGUUGCGACCUUCAGAGGAUCCAUCGCCGACUGGCAGUGACAAUUUGCAAUCAACGCCAACGAAAGGACGUUUUAUUUGGUUAGAAGAGCACUUUACAACACGACAUGCUGGUAAAGCUCAGCCAUACAUGUGCCUAAUUGAGGGUUGUACGUUACGAUUCACACUGAAGCGUGCGCUGGAGGAACACCUGAGAACGGGACAUGAAAAAGCAAAAGCCGCUGAAAGCGAUUUCAUGGAUCGUUCUGUGGAUGAGUGGAUUGUGAUGCGCUUGAGGCAGUACGAAAGGACGAAUAAUCCCAGUUUUGUGGUGCGUGAACCGGCAACUCCUCGUAUUAGUGGUGCAGCGCAUCGUAAAAGACGUCGAAUACUAACGUUUGCCAUCGAAUCCGAUCAUAUCGCUCCAGAAAUCGUUUCGGAAAGUAUGGAUUUGGCGGAUACGAAAGCACAUUGUACAGGUGUUUUUAUUGGUAGCGAAGAAUGCAGGAUAUCUAACGGAACAGCAGGUCCGAUUGUUAAAUGA